AAUAAAAAAUUAAAAAUACUCAGAAAUAUUGCCGAAGGACUUAAACAUCUUCAUAAUCAAGGUAUUAUUCAUCGAGAUUUGCAUAGUGGAAAUAUUCUUUGUGAAAAUGAAGAUGAUCCGAAAUUUGUAACCUUUUUUAAUCAUAAUCCCACGUUAAAAUAUUUAAGGUUUUAUCCGGAUCGAAACACUACCACAAAUGAUAAUGAAAGUGUAUAUGGUAUUAUUCUAUAUAUGGCUCCAGAGAUCUUACAAAGAAAAGAAUAUACUAUAUUUUCAGAUAUUUACAGUUUUGGUAUGAUCAUGUGGGAACUUAUGACAGGUAGAUUACCAUUUGAGGAUCAAACUAUAGAUGUUGGACUUAUGAGUAAAAUAUGUCAUGAUGGUCUUCUCCCUCCAAUAACAACUAAUGCACCUAAGGAUUAUAUUGAACUGAUGCAAGAAUGCUGGAAUUCUGAUCUAAUUAAAAGACCAGAAGCUGCUAAUAUAAGUAAAAAGUUA